CGAGGGAAAAAAAAAAAAAAAAAACUUAAAAAAAAAAAAAAAAAAUACUUCCUCGUGUUUCCCUCCCCCCAUUCACACGUUUGUGGGAAUUGUAUGCAAUUUGCAGCGGGGGAAGAAGCGUCGGGGUGGGGGCGGGAGGCCCAUUGUACGGAAUCAUGGAAGAUAAUUUCAACUCAUCCUAUUUCUGGUCUCCCAUCCCACCAGGACAGCUCGAGAAUGCCAUGUUCCUGAACAAAGUGAAAGAGCAUCAAGAAAAGAAUGCGUCCUUUCCUCCGUCCUCUGCGUCCCACUAUCAAACUGCCCUGCUCACCAUUCCGACGCCGGCAGGCAAGACUGAUGUAGGCGGGCAUACUGUCGGCGCACAACACUUGCACCCGCCACACAGCAGCCAGAACAUCACCGUGCUGCCCGUGCCCUCUACGGGGAUCAUGACGGCAGCGGGACUGGUCAUCACGACUCCCCAAGGAACGUUAGUGUCUCCCACAUCCUCGCAAUCCUUCAUGUCUGCACACCCACCAACCACCAUGAUUGUCUCUGCCGUUCAUUCGCCAGACAAAAAAGAGGACGGGACGUCGCACGUGGUGGUGAUGCCGGCGCCGUCCAAGCGAGGCCGCAAAAAGAAAUGCAUGGUCGGAGAGGGCAAUGAAACAGUCAUACUGGCUCAGCUCAGUACUGGUGGACAGGUGACAUCUUUGCAUCAUCCCACCCGGGAUCCAUACGAUCUGACCAACGAAGACGAUGAGCCCGGGCUGAAGGACAGCACUAAAACCUACAGGUGCCGGAUGUGCCCGGCGACCUUCUUCAGUAAGUCAGACAUGCAGAUCCACUCCAAGUCGCACACAGAGGAUAAACCUCACAAGUGUCCGCACUGCGCCAAGUCAUUCGCCAACUCCAGCUACCUGGCGCAACACAUCCGCAUCCACAGCGGGGCCAAGCCUUACACCUGCUCCUACUGCCAGAAAUCAUUCAGGCAGCUCAGUCACUUACAGCAGCACUCACGUAACCACACGGAGUCGAAGCCUCAUAAGUGUCCACAUUGCACCAAGUCAUUCGCCAACUCCAGCUACCUGGCCCAGCACCUGCGAAUCCACACUGGCGUGAAACCUUACACCUGCUCCUAUUGCCAGAAAUCAUUCAGGCAGCUCAGUCACCUUCAGCAGCACAACAGAAUUCAUACAGGAGAUCGGCCGUACAAAUGUUCAUAUUCAGGAUGUGAGAAAUCCUUCACGCAGCUCUCCAAUUUACAGUCGCACCGCCGUCAGCACAACAAAGACAAACCUUACAAGUGCUCCAACUGCAACAAAGGCUACGUGGACGCCGCAAGCCUGGAGGUGCACAUGGCUAAACACACGGUCAGGCACGCCCGAAUCUACUCGUGCGGCCUCUGCAAUCGCACGUACACCUCAGUAAGACCGCUAUGCAAUUGUGAAGAGAAUUCCCAAUGGCCUCACUGGCGCCACACGCCCGCCAGCAGCCACUUUACACCGUAUAGUCAUGUGUCCACUGUCUCCCCUCUACCUUCACCCCAGGAGACGUAUCUUGUGAAACACAUGGAGAAACACGGCCAAGAGCAGAUGAACGCGUCGGACCCCAGACAGGCGGCCCGCGCUCAGCCCGCGGCUCGGAGUCAGGCGGAAGGCUCGGAAGGCGCAGCGACUCGGGCCGGACACGGCCAAAGCGGGUACAACCAUCCGGAUGCCAUGCCCUGUUCUUUCGACAUGCACCAGUACAAGACUGUGUCCGCAAGCGACAUCCAGUACAAACCCGUCAGCGUGGCGGACAUUUCUUCUCACAAGGACCUCUGCUUAACUGUGUCGUCUUCCAGCAUCCAAGUGGAGCACCUCAACUCAUAGAGAUAGAGGGGAAAGAAAAAGGACAUAAAAGCAAUACUAAAAUGGAAAAGAGAACUUUCAGAACUGUGCCUGGAAAUAUUUUGUUUUGCGUCAACAGGACAAUGUGCUUUUUAUUUUACUGAAGUGUCCUAACGGAAUUUGUGUGAAAGACUGCAAUGAAAUGAUUUACAGUCCAUCACACUGAUGGUUUUAAAUUGGAGAAGCAAGCAAGCAAGCUUAUUGUCGUUUUAUCACCUUCUGCUCUUCCGUACAAAUACAGCGCGCGGGUCAUAACCAUGUUAUGCUCCAGGGAGUAUUUGAAAUGACUUUUUACAUCAGUGUUAUUACCUUUUACUGCGUGUCACGCUUUCUUUCUUAAAGGGACAUAAAAGUUAUUUCCUUUUCAGGAAAUUAAAAACAGAUAAUCAUAUAUACUGUAUGUAGAUCAGAUAAAGAGUGACAUUUAUGUGCGUAUGUAUAUGUAAUGUACACCCAAGUGCAGGCUCUUGCGUUAUAAUCUCAUCCCUCUGCUUUUUUUUCUUGCUAAUGUGGACGUGUGUCAAGCGAUAUAUGAUUUCAGAUUGUUUCUAAUACUCUCAUGAAUUCACUUGCACAUCUGACAUUUUUUGAUAAUGAACAAUAAACCUUUGGAACCUC